CAGAAUAGCCACCCAUAUUUUCCUUCUCUCUCUUUCUCUCAAAAUAUCCCACACCACACCAUACUACUCCAUCGAGAGAGAGGAAAAAAGGAAAAGAAUCUCUCCAUCUCUCUCUCUCUCUCUCUCUCUCUCUCUCUCUCAAAACACAGUAAUACAUAAUCCAUCAUCAUCUUCUGCAAGAACACAACACCAAAAUCAAGAAAACAAGAGAAAGAAAGGGGGGGGAAAAGAAAUGACCUCUAUCUUCUGCUUCUUUUUCUUCUCUUGCUUUUCUUGAUAAACUUUUUUUUGGGCUUGGUUGUAUUUUAUUGUUUCUUGGUGUAUACAGCAACAGCCCUAAUAAAAGGAAAACAAGAAAGAAAUAUAUAAAGAAAGUGAAAUAAAGGAAGAUGACCCUUGAAGACUCCUUAAGAUCUCUGUCCCUAGAUUACCUAAACCUUUUGAUCAAUGGACAGGCUUUCUCGGAUGUAACUUUCAGUGUAGAGGGUCGAUUAGUUCAUGCUCAUAGAUGUAUUUUAGCAGCAAGAAGUCUUUUCUUUAGGAAAUUCUUUUGCGGACCCGAACCACCAUCCGGGCUAGACCCAUCCGGGUCGAGAAUAAACCACCCGGGAGGAGGAGGAGGAGGAUCAGGAGGAGGUGUUUCAAGAGGAAAUAAUGUUAUACCAGUAAACUCAGUGGGAUAUGAGGUGUUCUUGUUGCUGUUACAGUUCUUGUAUAGUGGACAAGUCUCUAUUGUCCCUCAAAAGCAUGAACCGAGGCCUAAUUGUGGUGAAAGAGGUUGUUGGCACACGCAUUGCACCUCAGCCGUUGAUCUUGCUCUUGAUACCCUUGCUGCCGCUAGAUACUUUGGUGUUGAACAGCUUGCAUUGCUUACUCAGAAGCAAUUGGCUAGCAUGGUAGAGAAAGCUUCAAUUGAAGACGUUAUGAAGGUCCUAAUUGCUUCAAGGAAGCAAGACAUGCACCAACUUUGGACUACUUGCUCUCAUCUCGCAGCAAAAUCAGGCCUACCCCCAGAAGUCUUAGCUAAACAUCUUCCCAUAGAUGUUGUAGCUAAAAUCGAAGAACUACGCCUCAAAUCAUCGCUUGCUCGCCGAUCACUAAUGCCUCAUCACCACCACCACCAUGAUCUUACAACAGCAGCUGAUCUUGAAGACCAAAAAAUUCGGAGAAUGAGAAGGGCAUUAGACUCAUCAGAUGUUGAGCUAGUCAAGCUUAUGGUAAUGGGUGAAGGACUAAAUCUAGAUGAAGCAUUGGCUCUACAUUAUGCAGUUGAGAAUUGUAGCCGAGAAGUAGUUAAGGCGUUGCUUGAACUUGGUGCAGCUGAUGUUAACUAUCCGGCCGGACCGGCAGGGAAAACCCCACUUCACAUUGCAGCUGAAAUGGUUUCACCAGACAUGGUGGCAGUACUUCUAGACCACCAUGCUGACCCUAAUGUUCGAACCGUUGAUGGGGUCACACCACUCGACAUUCUUCGAACCCUAACCUCAGAUUUCUUGUUCAAGGGGGCAGUACCUGGAUUAGCUCACAUUGAACCAAACAAACUGAGGCUGUGUCUUGAGCUUGUACAAUCUGCAGCUUUGGUUCUUUCACGUGAAGAAGGGAGUGUGAAUGCACCAACCUCGACUGCAAUUUAUCCACCAAUGAGCGAUGAACAUAAUAGCAGUAGCAGUGGUGGAAGCAAUCUUGCAAACUUAAAUCUUGAUUCAAGAUUGGUUUACUUGAAUCUUGGUGCCACUGGUUGUUCGGGCCAAAUGGGAUCAUCAAGAAUGGAAGGAGAUGACGAUCAUAGUAGCCACAGCAGCCAGCAGAGAGAUUCUAUGAGCCGGCACGACCCAACAAUGUAUCAUCACUCUCACGAGUUCUAGCUCAACUCUCUCUCUCUCUCUCUCUCUCUCUCUCAUAAUUUAGAAGUAUAAACAUAUUAUCUUUUCUCUCUCUCCCUCUAUAUAUAUAUAUAUAUAAAUAUAUAUAGAUAUAUUAUAUAUAAGAAUCAAUGAUGGAGGAGAGAAAGACAAGUUGGAAAACUUCAUGAAAGUUCAUGGAGAGUAUUAUUAUUAUUAAUAGUAUUAGUAUUAUUAUUAUUGGGUCAUAUAUAUAUAUAUAUAUAUAUAUAAUAUCCUUUUCUUGUCAGUUCUUUUCUUUAAAUCCAUCUCCUUUUCUUUUCUUUUCUUGUCAUCUCUUUUCUUUUUCUUUGUGUUCUGUGUUGCUGUUGCUGUUGUUGUUGGGUUUGUUUCUUUGUAGGCUUCUUUUCUUUUUUUUCAAUGAUCAUUAUACGAAUGAAGAGAGCAGUUUCAUUGGAGAUGGAUGGGAUGUAUCUUUUCUCAUGGGAUGAGUGAGACAAGGAGAAUCUGAGCUUUUGCUCUCAUCUUGAGGAAGAGAAGAAGAUAGGAGAGGAGAGGUUAUUGUGAUGAGAAGAGAGAGAGACGCAGGUCAAUCUUUUCAAACCAGGCCUGUCAACUCCUUUGUAUUUAUUGAUAAAUCUAAUAUCAUGGCCUAUUUAUUGCUCCUUUU